AUGGAGGAGAGCAUGGAGGAGGAGGAGGGCGGCGGCGGCGGCGGCUAUGAGGCUAUGAUGGACGACCAGAACCACAACAACUGGGAGGCCUCCAUGGACGGUUACCGGCGGUUGUUGCCGCCCCAACCGCCGCCCCCCACCUCCUCCUCUUCUUCUCCCCGGGAGCCGCCGGGAGUGCAGCUGCUGGCUGUGGCAGCGGCUGCCACGGAGAGGAAGGGCCCUAAGGAAGGGCUGGGACCUCCGCCCGAGGCCAACGGGGUGACGAUGAUGAUGAUGAAGAGCUGCGACGCGGCCCCGACCAAGGCGGCCACCGCUCCCACCCCUAGUGCUACCAUCAACAUCAAUACCUCCACCUCCAAGUUCUUAAUGAAUGUUAUAACUAUUGAAGACUAUAAGAGCACAUACUGGCCAAAAUUGGAUGGUGCCAUAGAUCAGCUUUUAACUCAGAGUCCUGGUGACUAUAUCCCUAUAUCAUAUGAACAGAUAUACAGCUGUGUGUAUAAAUGUGUAUGCCAGCAGCACUCCGAACAGAUGUAUAGUGAUCUGAUUAAAAAGAUAACUAACCACUUAGAGAGAGUCUCAAAGGAGCUGCAGGCCAGCCCUCCAGAACUCUAUAUUGAAAGAUUUAACUUAGCACUUGGACAAUAUAUGGGAGCAUUGCAGAGCAUUGUGCCUCUUUUCAUAUAUAUGGCUUAUUGUUUAAUUUUGAUGAAGGAAGAUAGUGUCUCUUUACUUUUAGAAGCCCAGUCAACACCAUUUCAAAUAACACCUUCAACUAUGGCAAAUAUUGUGAAAGGCCUGUAUACACUUAGACCAGAGUGGGUUCAGAUGGCACCAGCUUUAUUUUCUAAGUUUAUCCCAAACAUACUCCCACCUGCAAUGGAAUCAGAGCUUCAGCAAUAUGCAGCUCAAGAUCAGAAACUCCAGAGAGACCUUUUACAAAAUGGAUUUGCAAGAGGUGAUCAGUCACGUAAGAGAGCUGGAGAAGAAUUAGCUUAUAGUGUCCACAUAAGGACCAACUUUUCCUGAAGUUCAAACUGACUAUCCUGCAGAUGGCUCAUCACCACGUGCCAGUUCCAGGGGGUACAGAUAGUGAAUGUGUCCUGGAUGUGCUUUUAUUCCUAAAAGGAGACCCUAGAGGAACUGGGAUUGUAUCCAGAGCACCAGCUUGGGCCCUGCUAAAACUCAGGAGCUCUGUCGUCAAGGUAGACUUGGAAGAGGAGGUUGGACUUCAUACUUGGUUUUAUAAUUUUUCUUAAAAAGUCAGUUGCUGCUAGACAUGGGGAUAAUUUUAAGAGGUGACAAUCUUUCAACAAAUUUUAUUCACACCUCUUCUGUGAAGAACAGGUAUCUUGAGAAGCAUUGUUUGGUGAAAAUCAGCAGCCCAAAUCAGCAGCUUCCUGCAAAAGACCAGAAGAAUCCUUUUUUUGCACUUAUUUUUUGUUCGUUUGUGGACUGUUUAGCGUGUUGGUAUAUAUCAGUUUCAUAUGACAAGAUAUCUUUUACUAAAAAAAAUCAUUACAGUACAGUAUUUUUUGUCCAUAACCAAAACAACCCCCCUUUUAAAGAGUUGGUCCUUUGUUUAGCAUUAGAAAGUGUGUUAAAAGAGAUUAUUAACUCUGCUUUGUCAUAAAUAUUCUGAAUUCUCAUUGGUUCAAUUUUUUCUACUCUGUGCCUUGAACUUUGUGCACUUUGCAGCAACUGGUUUCAAAUUCAAAGAUACUUCCUGAUGAUGCUUGUGGUAUCGUAUACCAACCCAGGAAGGCACUAACUGCUAUUCAACUGGCAGGGUGCUAAUUAAGGGGGGAAAUUGUUAAUUUGUAGCAAAUUGGUCAGAUUCUCUAUCUCCUUUAAUAUGUGUAUGUGCUCAUAUUAGUGUUGGGGACCAACUCUUAGAGAAAUUCUCAUUCCCUUUAUCACUUAACCAUGAAUAUGUCAGCUCCUGCAGUGAUGGCAAUAAGUUAAUUUUUGAACCUCACAACUUAACACUACUCUGUUUCUAAGGUUAUCAGAACUAGCACUGUCUGAAGUUCUGAGUUAUAUUUUUUAAAUCCAAAUCAAAUCAGUGGUGUAGGGUUCCUGAUCCAUUUCUUUUUUUUAAAUGGGUGAGACAUGUACUUGGCAAAACAAAGCAGUUUGACUCUAGCUUUUAGUGGCCAUAUCAUCCUGUCAGAGCUCCUUGGCAUAACAGGGGUGGGGUUAGGACCUCGUCUGUCAUAAGAACAUUUCCUAGCAGAGACAAAGGAAUAUUUUCUCUUCUAUACCCACAAUACUCUUUCCUGGCCAAGUUCUUUUAACUUUAUUCCAGUUUGAAAGAGGAAGAAAAUUGCAAGAUGUGGCAGGAAGAAAUAUUUCUUUCCUUAAAUCCAAACAGACUAUAUUGCUUUUUGUAAUAGACUUCAGUUUUAUGUGGCUAUGUCAGAAUAUUUUUACCUCUUUGAAAACUGCAGAGGUGGCAAAGAGGCCUUUAGAAAAGGGACCCUUUGGGUUGGUCCACUCACUCCUGAUUCGAAGCCUUAUCUCAUGUAGCCUCUAAAUUCUAAGAGGCUUUUUUGAAGGGAGUUAGGCAAUAAGUCAUAAUUUUGAAAAGAAAGAUCCAGGAGAGCCAUUCAUCCUUUGAAAGGAAGCUUCUACUUUGGGAAAACAUGUUUCAUUAGGAAAGCAAGAAUUGAAGGUGGUAUUGCGCUUUCCAGUAAGGAUCAGUGGUUAAGGAGAACCUUUCAGUCUUAUGGAACACUUUGAGCAGGGUCCAUUUAACCAUCCAAGGAUCUAUAGAUUGUGGUAAUAGGUAUUGAAUUAUUGUAAAAAAAAAAGUAUAUAUAUGCAUACAUAUGUGUGUAUAUAUAUAUUCAUAUACACACA